UUUAAGGACCGCUUCACAACAAGCUGCCCCGAUCCUAAAAGCAAAGUUCACAAGCAGGAAAACGAAGCGCUUCGAUCUCUCGGUGAGUGUUUCUGGAGAUGCAUGUGAAAAACAAUGUGUAAAAUGCUUUAUUUAGAGAGAGAAAAGUAAAAUAAAUAGCAAGCGUGGUAUUUCUUCCCCCCCCCCCUAAGCUAAUAAAUCAUGUGUGAGAGGAAGCCACGGCGAGAAAAUGUCUUCUCACAAGUCAAAGACUGGAAGCAAGAGAGAUGUUACAAAGGUAGUGAAGGAAUCCAGUCCAGUGGAGGAAUAUGUCACACCUGGAGGCUAUGAGCUGGAGAAGAUCCUAAACCGUGGGAGUGUGGCUUACACUCACGUCAACGAGGUCUGGCCUCAUGUCUACAUCGGGGACGAGCAGACUGCAAAGGACAAGUGCAAUCUGAAGAGGUUGGGGAUUACGCACAUCUUGAACGCAGCAGAGGGGACGUGGAACAACGUGGACACCGGAGCGGGUUACUACGGCGACAUGGACGUGGUCUACUAUGGCGUGGUGGCAGAAGACAUCACGACCUUUAACCUCAGCCAGUAUUUCUUCUCUGCUGCCCGGUUUAUAGAAGAAACGUUGAGCAGUCCUCAGAGUUUUCUGUGGCUUGGCAGGCACUCGAUAUCCAGAGAUACACUGUUGGUGCACUGUGUGAUGGGAAGGAGUCGGUCCGCCACCCUCUUCCUGGCCUUCCUCAUGAUCUGUGAAGACAUGACGGUGGUCGACGCCAUCGAACACGUGAAGAACCGCAGGAGGAUCGUCCCCAACUGGGGCUUCCUGAGACAGCUGAGAGAGUUGGACAUGCAGCUCCUCGAGAGAAGAGGGUACGGAGCAGAGCUGAUGGGGGCCCUCGGGGGCCAAGUCAAGUCUCAGGUCGAUGGAGAAUAAUUCAAUCCAGGGUCCAAGUCACAGUGAAGUCAAUCAAAACGAAGCUCUGGUCAGCCUACAAGCAAUGUGAGCCAAGUUUAAGUCAAAUAAAGAGUAACGUGAGAUGAGAUUAAAGUUAAACAUCAAUUCAAGUCUCAACUCCUUUGUAAAUGUAAGUACUGGGAGAUAAAACCAGGUCACGCCUUGCAGUGCGAAUCUCAUGAAGUCUCAAGUUCCCGUCACAAGUUGCACGAUUUCAAGGUUUCUGAAAGCCGUCCAUGAAAAUGACGUUCCCUUUGAAAAUGUGUUGAAUCAUGUUUUUUUCAUAUUAAGUGAGGCCAAUUUAUUUUUAAUGCAAAGGCCUAUAAUUAAAUGCACAAUCGGUGGGCAUGCAGCA